AUGCCCCGCCCUUCGCCGGACCGUGUCAUCCACGACUGGACGUUCGCCAUCCUCCCCGUGGCCGCGGGAUUCGUCCUCAUCAUCCUCACAGUCGUCGCCCUUGUCUACAGUAUCGGCGUGAAGACGGCCAUCCCCGAAGGCCUGGCCAUCGCCUUCGCCGGCCUUUCUUACGGCCUCUUCGGGCUCUGGAUGGGGGGUCACCUCGUACGCUACUGCAGGGGACAUUACACGCGGGGGGGCAUUGCCGAGGCGGUGACGCCCCCUUCGCUGCCCCUGACGGGCAUCGCAACUGGAGCAGAUGGCGCAACGAUGGCGGCGGGCCCCUCUAUCGUGCUUCCCAUCAGCUACCAGCAACUGCAGCAGCAGGGCCGACAGAAUCACCAGGAGGACCACCGACAACAGCAGAGGCAGUAUACCCAGCAGUAUCAAUCCCGGCAGAACCAAGAGCAACACCACCAGCAGCAAUGCCAACAAGGGCCUUCGCCGCGGCCUCACAUGCAGUCGCCACCGUCACCGUCACCACAGGGCCAGUUUCGACAGCAGCAGCAGCAGCAGCAGCAGCAGCAGCAGCGUUACCAUCCGCAACGAGACCAACAGCCACCCCCACCUCACCAAAUCGCGCGGAGACCAAGCGAUCCCAGAAAUACACUCCUUAAUCAAGUGCCGACCGUCUUACAACCAGGACCGAGGCAGAGGCAGUCGCCGUCGGAACCCAAUUCGAGGACGGAUCAGCAACGCACAUCUAGCGUGCAGCUGACCCCCGUCGAGGCGUAUAGUGGUUGUCGGAGUCACAGUCUCGACGUCCCACGCACUCUGCACCGCGAGAAUCGACAGGUCUCGAGAGAAACCCCCGCGCAAGGAGCGUCGUCCGCCGACGUUACGGGACCACAUCCCCAGGGAAACCAGAGCCGUGUGACGCCGCAUCACAGAGACGUGGAGCGAGACCCUCGCCGCGCUUCGGUGCGGUCGGCGAGCUUGGAUUCCGGCACCCGGCAAUCUUUACAGGCGAGAGACUCCCAGCUGCCGGUGGUAAUACCGUUCGGCUCGGGGUGGGCUAAUACUGGCCAGCACAACUCUCUAGCGGUCGCCCCUCUGAGAAUACGGAAAGAAGGGGAUCAGAGCCAGGCGCCCAGUCCCGAGGAACCAUACCCCAGUGCCUGGGCUCCCGCAGGUCAGCAAAUGCAGAUGAGCCAACAAGCAGGGCGGGUGAAUCCGAAUCUGCAUGGCCCGAGACCGCAACCGCAAAGCAACCCCAGAGCCAACGGGUCUCACGCCAUUCGAGUGGUUUCCGAAUCGCCUCCCGGCAACGACAUCGCUGCCACGCAGCCCGUCCAGGCCGAGGUACGUGGUCGCCAUCUCGCUCCAGCCCCCGCUCCCUCUUCCCGCUCUCAUUCUCCUGCAAUGAGGUUUGAGGAUAUCGACCAUCCCGGGGUGCAAAGGACGUCACAGACAAGCAAUGCUCUCAGAGCCGUGGCUGACGGAAUUCUCGAGCACGUCUCGAGGGGGAGAACCAACGCCAACCAUGCCACAAACUUUGUCUUUGUGCCGACGUGUAUCUUCACACACAACCAUGCGGUGGAUCUGGAGCGAAGCAACGCAAGAAUCUUUGGGGUCCUCUACGAGGAUGCGGGUGAUGAGAAACCUCGGGGUCUCGGGAGCGAGCUCCGGUACAAGCAUGACAGUGGCAUCAUAGUGGAGGGCCCAAACGACGCAGAGCGGAGCAGUACGCCAUCUAGCUGUUGGAGCUCCUGGAGUAGUCGACCAGGGGCCACUUCUACAUCCGGUCGGUCGGAGUGA